CAGCGUCGCAGUCGCAGAAACUAAAAACCCCCUCCAACCCCAUCCGUUCUCUAUUUUUUCCUGCGUUUUGGCGUCACUGAAUGCAAACGGAAAUAGCACGAAUGGAAACACAAAACUGAUUUGCAGAAACAAGAGAAGAGGGCAAAACCACCAGCUCGAAGCUUCUCCAACCUCGAGAAGCCGAACCCGUAGCUACAGCCAAGAGCUCACAGUGCGCCGCAUUCUGUACUCAGCUUCUGAGAAGACGUAAAUCAAGUAUGGGUGACAGUGAGACAGCAGUUGCCUCUGAGUCCUCUACAGUUACUGAAUAUGCCUCUGCUGGUUAUAGCAAUGCGAUUCCGAACCUUAGUGCUUUCGCUUCUGAAACUGGUGAAGGAGGCUAUGGAGCUCCUGCAGCUGCAGCAGAAACGGGUUACAGUAUGCCAACUGGUGUGAGUGCAGCAGCUGAUGGAAGUGGUGAAGGGAAACCUCUAGCAUCAGUUGAGAAUGGCAGUUCUGCAGAUGAUAUGGGUGCUGAAGCUACUAAGCAACAGUCACUGGAUGGUUCUGUUCCUGCAACAUCACCGGAAGAGGAUCGGUUGUGGAACAUUGUCAAGGCUAAUUCCUUGGAUUUUGAUGCAUGGACUGCAUUGAUAGAUGAAACAGAGAAGGUUGCAUGGGACAAGAUACUAAAAAUAAGAAGAGUGUAUGAUGCUUUUUUGGCUGAAUUUCCAUUGUGUUAUGGUUAUUGGAAAAAGUAUGCUGAUCAUGAGGCACGGCUUGGUGACAUGGACAAAGUAUUGGAGGUGUACGAGAGGGCUGUUGUUGGGGUGACAUAUUCAGUGGAUAUUUGGUUGCAUUAUUGCACAUUCGCCAUAAGUACAUAUGGUGAUCCAGAGACUAUUAGAAGGCUUUUUGAACGAGGGUUAACAUAUGUUGGAACAGAUUAUUUGUCUUCUCCUCUCUGGGACAAAUAUAUUGAAUAUGAGGAAAUGCAUUCGGAGUGGGCCCGGGUUGCUUCAAUAUACACCAGAAUAUUGGAGAUCCCGAAUAGAAGUCUGGACAAUUAUUUUAACAGAUUUAAGGAAUUGGUUGGAAGUCGACCUCUUUCGGAAUUAAGAUCUGCAGAGGAAACUCCGGUUCCUCCGUCUGGUCUUUCGGAGAAUGGUGGCCAAGCAAGUGAAGGAGAUGUUCAUACUGUUGAGCCAGAAGACUCUGUUAAACCUGUAACUGCUGGAUUAACAGAAGCUGAGUCGGAGAAGUACAUCGCGCUUAGAGAAGAGAUGUAUAAGAAAGCUAAGGAGUUCGAUUCUAAGAUCUCUGACUUUGAAAAUGCUAUCAGGAGGCCCUACUUUCACGUGCGGCCUCUCAAUGCUGCAGAGCUUGAAAAUUGGCAUAAUUAUUUGGAUUUCAUGGAAGGACAAGAUGAUCUGAACAAGCUACGUAGUAUCGGCUGCUUCUUAUGCUUUAUUGGCUAAACCAUUGGAUGAAGCAACUUUUUAAACGGGAAAUUGAACUGAGGCUAAAGCCUGGGGCCUUCGUUUUGGUUUCUAUAAGGCUAAGUACUUCAAACCCUCACAUUUGUUGGUGGACAUUCUAGGUUCAUGUAUGCGUUAAAAUUAUUAUUUUUCUUAAAACACAUAUGUUAUGAAUGCAGGUAUCUUCUUGUCUCCUUAACAAUGUAUCUCAGCAUGGAGGGUCCCUCCUUUGGUACUUGAGGGGCCUUUCUCUUUCUUCUGUUCCCCGAUGGAGUAUUUCUUAUGCAUAACUCUUUUGUGCUUUGAUCCUUUCUGUACCGUGUUUAUGCAUACAAGUUCCAUGGUUUAUGAUGUUUGGAUGUUUAUGCUUCAGGUUGUCAAAUUAUAUGAAAGAUGCCUAAUUGCCUGUGCAAAUUAUCCCGAGUAUUGGACCCGCUAUGUCUUGUGCAUGGAAGCCUGUGGAAGUAUGGAUAUUGCCGAUAACGCUCUUGUUCGUGCUACUCAAGUAUUUGUAAAGAGACAACCCGAUAUUCAUCUAUUUGCUGCCCGAUUUAAAGAGCAGAAUGCCGAUAUACCUGGCGCUCGGGCAGCAUACGAACGAGUGCACACUGAGAUUGCGCCUGGCCUUUUAGAAGCUAUCAUUAAGCAUGCAAACAUGGAACAUCGGCUGGGAAACCUUGAAACUUCAUUCUCUUUAUAUGAACAGGCCAUCAGCAUUGAAAAAGGGAAAGAGCAGUCCCAGGUGCUGCCAAUGUUGUAUGCACAGUACUCACGAUUUGUGUAUUUGGCUUCUGGAAAUGCGGAGAAAGCAAGGGAAAUUCUAGCUACAGCCCUGGAUCAUGUCCAAUUUUCCAAACCCCUGCUUGAGGCGCUUAUACAUCUGGAGUCAAUUAUGUCCCUUCCAAAACGAAUUGACUACUUAGAUUCAUUGGUGGAUAAGUUAAUUGCACCGAGUUCUGAUAGUACUGCAAGUGCUGCGGAGAGGGAAGAGCUAUCAUGCAUCUUCCUAGAGUUCUUAAGUGUAUUUGGGGAUGUACAAUCAAUCAAGAAAGCUGAAGACCGUCAUGCUAAGCUCUUCUUGCCCCAUAGGAGCAAAUCGGUGUUAAAAAAACGUCUGGCCGAGGAUUACUUAUCCUCGGAUAAGAGCAAAGUGGCAAAAUCUUACACCGAUUCUGCUUCACCUGCGCAAUCUGUGAUGGGUGGAUACCCAAAUGCACAGCAGACCCAGUGGCCAGCUGGUUAUGGUGUACAACCUCAAGGUUGGCCUCCAGCUAACCAAGCACAGCCACAGGUUCAACAGUGGGGUCCAGGCUACACUCAACAACCUGCCUAUGGUGCAUAUGGAGGGGCGACGUAUGGAGGCAGCUACACGGCUCCACAGGUGCCCGCAGCUGUUGCACCCACUGCUGCAUACGGUGCUUAUCCUCCUACCUAUCCUCCACAGCAGCCGCCGCAAGCAGCAGCAGCCACUGCCUUUCCCCAGCAGAGCUAUGCUCAACCGGCCGCGGCAGCAGCAGCACCGGUUCAGCAGCCAGCUGCAGUUCCACAACCCUAUUAUGCGAGUUACUACUGAAAAGCUGUUGUCGUUGAAUUUGAUGUAACAGUGCAUUCGGCUGGGGUGGAAGGGAGUUUUUGAACUGGGGACUGGGGGGGAGUGUAGCACAGAUACAGAAAUAGAUGAGACCUAGGAGAGGCGAGAGAUGACCAAAUCUCAUAUAUCUAGUUGCAGAGUAAGAGUUCGUAGUUGGUACAAUGUCACAUGUGUCUUGAAUUUCUCUCUUUUGAAAAAAGCUCGGCCUCGUUUUGUUAAUGUCACUGUGCUUUGUAUUU